AUGAAAAGAAAUAUUGUUUAUUUAGAUGAGACCUGGUACGAUACUCAUGACACAGUGAAAAAAAGUUGGACAAAUAAUAACAAAAAGUGUUUCAACUCAGUACCGCCCAAUAAAGGAAAGAGGAUUAUAAUUUUACACUGCGGUGGGGAAAAUGGAUGGAUCGACGAUGCAUUAUUAUUAUCUGCAAAACAAAUUAAAGACGCGUCUCUAGAUUAUCAUGACGAUAUGGAAAGUUCAAUUUUUGAAUCAUGGUUUGAAAGAUCUCUUCUUCCGAAAUUACCCCCACAUAGUGUGAUUGUCAUGGAUAACGCAUCAUAUCAUUCACGGUUAAUGAAAAGAAUUCCAAAUAAUAGUUGGAAUAAAUUACAAAUUCAGGAAUUUUUAUUUACGGAAAAUUUGUAUUUUGAGGCAUCAUAUACCAAACAGCAAUUGUUGGAGGUUGUUCAUAGCAGACAGUACGAAAAGGAAUAUGUUGUAGACAACUGUGCUCGUAGUAAUGGGCAUACUGUGCUUAGACUUCCUCCUUAUUAUUGUACAUUGAACCCAAUAGAGUUAAUAUGGGCUCAACUUAAAGGAAACAUAAGGAGAAGAAACGUGGCUCCUAAAUUUUCUUCUACUGUUCUCCAGUUAAUUAGAAGAGAAGUCACAAAAAUCACAGAAACCAACUGGAAAAAUGUAAUCAAACAUGUGAUCGGAGUGGAAAAUGACUAUCUUAAAUAUUUACCAACAUUAAUCAAAAAAAUAACUAUAAAUUUAGAUGAUACGAGUGAUACAAGUGAUAACAGUGACUCUGAGUAG